AUGAGUCCGCCGCAGAAUUGGCACAAAUGGCUAGUGUGGUCGCUGUUCGGAUUGGCUUUGUCCGCUCACACAAUUGACUGCGAUUACAUCUCCAUCGCCGAGAAAUUUGGAGCGGAAGCCGUGGCUCGAUGCAAUGAAAAAUGUCCUUUCCAGAACCGGACUAGCGAUGGGCACUUCGAUGUAAGCUGCGGAUCUGAUUGCAAUGUACAGCAAUGCACAUAUGGAUGCAGUAUAUGGUUGGAAGGAUUGGAAAACUCAUGUCAAACUGUUUGCAAUGUGACAUCUGAAACAGUUUUUUCACGAGAAUUGUAUUGUGUUAUGGGAUGCAAUGAAGCUCUGAAUACAUAUUUUCAAAAAAUUAGAGACUUGCUUGGCACGCCUCCCGCACCAGCUCUAGUAGCGGAUAGCUUGACAGCAACAUCAUUAUCAUUAGUAUGGGAUGCACCCAAUCUGGCAAACCUAAGUUACCUUAUUCAAUGGAGAUACGAGGAACUGCCUGGAAGCUGGCAGUACUAUUCAAACUCUAGCCUUUCCGACAGAUCUAUUAUUCAUGUAGAGAAUUUGCGGCCAUACACUAAAUAUAGAUUUCGUGUUGCAAUUUUUCUGUCGGGACAUAGUGGCGCUGGUGAGCCAGUAUAUUCAACGCCUUCAGUAGUAAUAUCCACAUUAGAAAGUGGAAAGCCUAGUUCGGCACCGACUGCUUUAAGAGCGGCGGCACCAGACCCUAGUAGAGUUGCUAUUUCUUGGGAGCCAGGGCCUUUUCCUAAUGGACCCUUAAUAUCUUAUGUACUCAGACUUGCAGAUACGCAACCUAAUACAAAUGAUGCUUUGGAGGAUAUGCCAGCAUCUAACAAUACCCUAUUCUAUAUGUUUCAAAACUUAGCGCCAGCGAGGGAAUAUGAGGUAUCAGUAGCAAUGAGAAAUUCUAUAGGCGAAGGCCCUAGAGCUUACGUAAGAAUUAAAACUCCCCCUUUACCAACUUCUGUUCCCAGCCAACAACCAGUUUUAAUUUUAGGAGGUGAACAUAGUAUCUUAGCGGCGCCUGCUAAUGAUAUACUCUCUGACCCUGUAGAACUUUAUAGCACUAAUCAUAAAAUUACGGGUGUGGGUCUCGACUUAUACAGCGAUUCGUUGUUUGUAUCUGUAUCCAACGGAUUUGUUUACCGAAGUUCCUUAACUAAGAAGGGUCAAUCAGAACCCAUAUUAACACCAGGAAAUAUUUCAUACAAACCAUUAGACUUGUCUGUGGAUUGGCUCAAUCGACAUUUAUAUGUACUUGGUGAGGUCUAUUAUACAAAAGAGGGGUCUAAUUGGCCAAACACGAGCUUGUAUUCUAGCUGGGAAAUAUUAAGGUGUGAUUUCGAUGGGAAAAAUCAACUUGUGGCGUUAUCGGGUUUUAAUACCCGUCCAAUACAUUUCGAAGUUGAUGCCUACAAUGGAUAUUUAUUUUGGGCAUUGCAAGGUGUCGAACGAGGCGGAUUGUACAGAUUAGAUUUAGCGAAUAUAUCUAAUGGAGUUCGACACGACGCUCCUCCAGAACUUAUAGUAAGAGACGCUCAUUUAGGAGCCUUCACAGUUGACCACGCUGAUUUUAGAUUACUAGUUGCACAUUUGAGAAGGAAUACAGUUUUAGCAGUUUCUCUUGACGGACGAGAAGUAACAGAUUUUCGAAGUAACACACAAACUCCAAUGUUUUUUUCUGCUCGCUCAAUAGCUUAUGCUAAUGGCUUAUUUUAUUGGACUAACGGCCAGGAAAUGCUUACUGAAGAAUAUCACGGUCAAAGUGACAGUUACUUUCACAAUGAAUAUCCUUUGGCAUACAAUACAAAGUCGAUAGCAACCAGACAGGUUCUCGUUGCUUUAAGAAGUUGCCAACCGAUUCCAGUACCUGUAAAUCCUCCUUUAGGCGUUCAAAGCGUUAUGGGCAUUAAUAGGGCUAAAGUUUCAUGGUCUCCUCCGCACCUGUUAGGCCAUCAGGGCACGGGAGCUUGGCAACGGUGGACGUUCUAUUUACAACUUACUGAACCUAAAUCUGGUGAAAUAAUCAAAAUUGAGAAUAUAAAUGAGUCUAUGUACGUCGUUGAAAAUUUGAUACAGGAUACUGAAUAUGUUAUACGAGUGGCAGCGGUGACGGAUUCAGGAUCAGGACCGUGGUCCUCAGAAUUUAUUGGCAAAACCUUAACAUUUUCCCCUACUACUUUACAAAGCACUUUGGUAUGGUCUGGUCCUGACGGUCUGUUGCAAACUGAUUUAACCGGAGACAACAUGCAAAUCUUAAUUCAUAGAUCUCGCCUUAAGAAUGUGUAUAUCACUGAUAUAUCGUGGUAUAGAGACAAGCUCUACCUAGUGACGAAUGCAUCAACAGUGAUGUGGUACAAUAUUACAAGUCAUGAAGAAGGUUUCAUGCAAGAUAUGGAUAACGUGGGUAGCUUAGCUGUAGAUUGGGUUGGCAAAAAGAUUUAUUGGUCCAAUCCUAAGCAACAAUUGAUAACAAGGGGAAAUUUUAAUGGUGGAAACAGAGAACCAGUUCCAAUAGUAACUGUGGCAAAAGAACUUACCAUCGAUUCCAUGGGAGCAUACAUUUAUUGGAGCACCGGACACGCAGUUGAAGCCGCCAGAUUGAAUGGGGAAAAUAAAAUAAUUUAUUACCCAGCACAGUUAUUUAGUGGAAAGCAAGUGAUGGGUCUUACAGCAGACUUAGAGAAAAAACGCUUAUAUUGGUUAGUGAGGAGUUACGAUGGUUCAGAGUUGCAUCGCGCUAGGACGGCUGAUCAGAUAUCGCUCGGAACAAAUGAGGUAUCUAGUUCACUCGUAACACGGCUAUCAGGCACUGCGACUCUCGGUCCCUUAUGCUACUACAGCGGACGGCUGGUGUGGGUUCAGGACUCAUCUCGAGCCGUCGUGUCGGAUCUAGCCGGCAAAUAUACCGCUGAGCUUAUCCCUCGUGUUCAUGUGAUCGCUGUGAGGGAUCCUACUUUGCAUAAAGAUAGCGAAUCGAUAAUCGCCAUACCAGAAACGAUAAACGCGUCUUCGAUAUCAGUGCGUGGGGAAUGGGACACAUUUAAUGUGACCUGGGCACCUUCCGCUCGCGUCAAUGUCAACAACAGCAAAGUGUACUACGACGUUAGUCUGCACUUUCACGACCAACCUAAGAUCGAGAAAACAGUAGAAGUGCCGUGGCUAGAGCUGAGACCGCGGUCGGUCCAGCCCUACAGCCGCGUGGAGGUGACGGUGCGCGCGCACACGCAGUGGGGCGGCGGCGCGGGCGCGCGCGCUGCCCUGCACACUCCACAGGCGCCGCCCGCCGCGCCUAGAGCGCCGCGCGUGUAUGUCCAGCCUUCGCAUAGCGGAGGUCCAUUAAACGCAAUAUUCCGUUGGGAGCCGCCCUUACGCAGUAACGGCGUGGUGCGCGGCUACGAGACGCAGUGCUGGGCCGCGCCGCCCUCCGCCUGCGCAGACGCACGUCUCUCGCCGCUGCACACGCAACUCGUGCUCACUAACUUGGCGAACGCUUCUGUUUAUUAUUUCCAGGUGCGUGCAUAUACUGACGCUGGAUUCGGACAAUACUCUGAAACAGUAUCUGCGUCAUCUAACGAGGUCAGCCCAAUUCCCAAAGUUAUAAUGUCCUCUCAUGAAGCUCUCAAGAUCCUGGACCUAGAUUCUGGGGAAAGCGAAGAUAUCAGAAAAAGUACUGGAGUACCCAUAGACUUUGAUGUAGCCAUUGAAGAAAAUAUUGCUUACUGGGUUAACAGCUUCCAAGAAAUAUUUUCAUCUAGGAUUAAUAGUAGCGGAAAUCAUAAGUUGACAACGAUAAACGAUACUGCAACUAGUAUCUGCGUCGACUGGGUCAGUCGGUCAAUAUAUUGGACCCAAAGAGAACUAAUUUCCACCGAGUCGUACAUGGUGUACCGAACAGUUCUUGGAAUUCCGCAUUCUGAACUUAUCUUUAGUAGAAAGCGACCGGUAUAUAGUUUACAAAUUGUUCCCUUGUUGGGAUCUUUGUACUGGUAUGAAGAGAUCAAUCACUUGGGGCUAGGAGAGUUAAUGACUGCUAAAAUAGAUGGAUCGAAUUUAAGAACUUUUUUUAAUAAUUCUGAAGGUUACAUGUCAACAAAAGACUUUGAAGAACAAUGUAAUUGCCCUGAAAAUCCACAAAUAUCAAAAAGUUUCGUCAUUGACUUAACGAAUAAUAAUUUUGAAUUGUAUUAUAUAGAUCCAUGGGUUAAUAACAUUUUAGUCACAGAUAAACAUGGAUGCAAAUGUAGAGUGGUAGUUAACGCAACAGAAAAGAAAAAAUAUGGAUUUCCACCAAUGUCGAUGACUGUGGACAGCAAACACGUUUAUUGGUACAAUUCGACAGAAAAGCUUAUUUAUUAUACAGAUAAAUUCAAGAAAAAUAAAAUAGAGCAAGUUAAAUCUUCUUAUGGGUAUAAGAUUAUGGCAUUAGACCCAGGACGUCAGCCAUAUCCCUCCUGGCACUGCUUAUUCCCUACACCACAAAAGUUGAUUCCAAAAGUCCUAUCACACUCUGCAGAUAGUAUAAAGUUAGAAAUGCCCGCUAUGUCUAAACCUGCAACUUGUCAAGACUUACUUUAUAACAUGGCGGCCACAGAAUACACAAUAUUUUAUAAAAGACGAUUAAAACAUGACACAGCCGCAUGCGAUCGCCAGACGUGUUCUUUUGUAGUAACAACUAAGGGUGAAGUAAUUUUAAAUGACUUGAAACCUUUCACAAAUUAUACUGUGAUAAUAGAAGCGACCAACUACUAUGGCAAAUUGCACGAGAUAAAACCCGUUGCAGGCGCUGCAUUCAUUGUACAGACCGCAGCUGAAGCACCUACAGCACCGAAAGACGUAAAAGGAAUAGUGUUAAGCCCAGUGCUCGCGCGAGUGGAGUGGACGGCCGUGCCCGGCCUGCUGUACGAGCUGCACUGGCGCACCGACGACGUACCGUCCUUGGCGAACCGAAUGAAAGAACACAACACAAUAGAAGUGACAUCAGGCCACACGGCUAACAUCACCCGGCUCAGCCCGGCCACGCCGUACCGCGUGUGGGUGCGCGCGCGCUCGCGGCACUCGCCGCAGCCGGCCGACAGCGCGCCGCUCGCGCUGCGCACGUACCCCGCGCCCGCGCCGCUCGCGCUCUACCGCGCCCACGCCUAUCGUCUGCACGUGCUGUGGCCUGAACCCACCUCAUAUACGCUGCAUAGCUACUCUGUAGAGUAUACAGAGGCAUCCAACUUAAAGGACAAUUGGACACCAUGUGAGCAAAGCGGCAACGCAGAGUGGACGGCGAGCGACUUGCGCCCUAAGACCCGCUACUGCUUCCGACUGAGCUUGCAGUACGUCGCCGACACGGAGCCUUACCACUGGCCAGAUGACGACCGGUUUACAUUUGAAACUUUAGGUGACGUCCCAGGGCCACCCGGCGCGCUGCGCGUGGAGGCGGUGGGCGACCGCGUGCUGCGUGCUUGGUGGGCCGAGCCCGACGCGCGCGGCGCGCCCGUCACCGCGUACCGCGUGUGGGGGAGACCGCACCAUAGGAUCAAUUACAUAGAGGAUAUCAAUGUAAAGAAUAUCAGCGAAUUGUUGCCAGAUAAUCUACCAGAUGAUAUCGAUGAUGAAAUGAAAUUACGUAUCGUUCGUGAGGGACUUGAACUACUGCAUAAUGGAACUGAGCCGUACUGGCUGGUGAGCACGGGCGCGGUGGCGGGCUGGCGCGCGCAGGUGCAGGCGCGCAACAGCUACGGCUGGGGCGCGCUGUCGGCGCCGGGCGAGCUGCUGGCCGCGCGCGCGCCGCCCGCCGCGCUCGCCGCCGCGCUGGCCGCGCUCGCCGCGCUCGCGCUGCUCGUCGCCGCCGGCGUCAUUUACACGUAUAAGAAUAGAAGCAAGAAGAAAGCGGCGAUCGAGAAUCAGUUAACAGCUAACAUCGUCAGACGAGGACCUGACGUCGAGCUCGCCACGCUGCGCCAGCUGCCUAUCAGACAUUCCAACAACAUUCUGUACAAUCAGGGCGUGCACUGUCCUUCGGAUGCGGAGAUCGCGGGGUUGCCGCACAUCCGCCGCGAGCAGAUCACGCUCACCAAGUUCCUGGGCUCGGGCGCCUUCGGGGAGGUCUUCGAGGGCGUGGCGAGGCAGAUCAACAACGCUAACACUGACACUAAAGUUGCUGUUAAAACGUUACGAAAAGGAGCAACAGAACAGGAGAAAACUGAAUUUCUAAAAGAAGCGGCGCUAAUGUCCAACUUCAAGCAUGAACAUAUCUUACGGCUCCUGGGCGUGUGUCUCGACAACGACCCAAACUACAUCAUCAUGGAGUUGAUGGAGGGCGGCGAUCUGCUGAGCUACUUACGGGCGAAAAGAGCUUCCUUGUACACGGCAGAGUCGCUGACGCUGCUGGACCUGCUGAACAUGUGCGUGGACGUGACGAAGGGCUGCCGCUACCUGGAGGAGAUGCACUUCGUGCACCGCGACCUCGCCUGCCGCAACUGCCUCGUGGCGCGCCGCGGCGACAAGCGCGUCGUCAAGAUCGGCGACUUCGGCCUCGCCAGGGACAUAUACAAGAAUGAUUACUACAGGAAGGAGGGAGAAGGUUUGCUGCCCGUGCGUUGGAUGGCAGUGGAGUGUCUGGUGGACGGCGUGUUCUCGUGCCAGUCCGACGUGUGGGCGUGGGGCGUGCUUUGUUGGGAGGUAUUAUCGUUGGGCCAGCAGCCGUACCCCGCGCGCACCAACCGCCAGGUGCUGGCGCUGGUGCGCGCCGGCGGCACGCCCGACCGCCCGCCCAACUGCCCCUCCGCAUUUUACGAGUUACUACAGAAGUGUUGGAGCUACUCGGCGGAGGCGCGGCCGUCGUUCCGGUACUGUCUCGAGGUGGUCUCCGCGCUGCGCGACAAGACGUCGCCCAACAUCACGCUUACGGCCAGCGCCGAGCCCGCGCCGCACUACCUCACUCUGCUGGGUGAUGAUGCCGUCGACAACCGCACCUACCUCCUGGAUGAGAACGAGAACGCUUUGGAUGAAGACUUCCCAGAGCAUGAAAUGGAGCCUUCACAUUUACUGCCGCAACGUACACCUAAAUAUCUAGAACUGAUGUACGACAGCGAUUCCCCCGCAAAUACAAUAAGCGACGGCUAUGAAAUACCAAGAACACCGCUUUCAUACGCGCCAUUUUCUAGACACAGUAUAGUUGGUGUGGCGCCGAAUAGACUCAUCAAGCCGCCAUUGCACAGGACUCAUUCCCUUAGAGCUAAUACGAGGCCUCCCAACGCAACUAUCAUACCUCUACGGAAUGGCAUCACGAAAAGAGCGUCUUUGGGCGAAGUACAAAGGUCCUUCCACGAGGCCGGGCCCUCGCGCAAACCAAAUAUAGACUUCGACAAACACAUUUUUAAGACUACAUUU